AUGCUAACACUAAUUUCAGUUUGUUCGUAUUUGUACUACGUGCACAAAGAUUCCAUAUUAAGUUUUGUGGGAUUAAGUAGCGGGGAAGAUCAAAACAUGAAUCAACAAAAUAAGGAAAGAGCUAUAAUUGAUAAAAAAAAAGUUAAAGUAAAAAAAUCUAUAAAAGGAGAACGAACGUGUUUGUCCGAUUCUGACAUGCGUAGGAAAAAGUAUAUCUUAAGGACAUACAGCGACGUUGAUUUUCAUAUAAAAUUACAUAGAAAAAAAAAAUAA